UUUUGAUAAUAAAUCAAUAAAUUUCUACUUUUAGCAGUCAAAAAAUGAAAACAUAACUCACCACUAAUUCCUAAGGAUCAAUGGAGUGACCACAAUGACUAGCUCCUGUUGACAGAUGGGUAUGAAGAUAAGUAAUUUAUCAUUAUGCGAUUCACGACCGGCACAGCUGAGCAAAGAAACCACAACAUACUGCUACAAGCUAGCGCCCCCUAGCUACAACCACAACUGGACUGACCUACACUAUGCGUCCAGUCAUGGCAAUGUUCGCAGAAUACAAGAGAUCAUCCAUAAAACGGGCACUUUCAAUUUGAAUCGUAAGGAUUACUAUGGGAAGACUCCGCUAUACUGGGCUGCAUAUAAGGGUCACAAGGCUUGCAUUGAGGAGCUGCUCAAGUUUGGAGCCAAGGUGAACACCCAGUGUCGACACGGUGGUACCCCACUUCACGCUGUUGUCAGUCUGUACCCUGACAGUGCCCUGCUUCUGAUUAAGCAUGGAGCGGAUGUGAACUGUGCCGACAACUGGGGCGUGACACCCAUGUAUUUGGCAGCCUCCAACGGCCAGCUGAAGGUUAUACAGUACCUCAUCUUAGCAGGUGCUCACCUCACAUAUAGAAACAAGACCGGUGACAUUCCAAAGCAGCUGAGUUGUCACACUAAGUUCUGCGAUUACCUCCAACAACUGUCUCAGAGUCCGCGCACUCUACAGUUCUGCUGUCGAAAUGUCGUACGUAGGACACUGGACGAGCACCCGGAACCGAAGAUAGAUCAUUUUGCUCUGCCUCGGCAACUGAAGAACUACCUGGCUCUGAGUGAACUGGACUGUGACCAGAAAAUGACUGACUUGAUUGUUCCCAGUAGAUAACGCUUUGACAUAGUGGAUUGCUUAAAACUGAGAUGUGUCUUCACCAGAUAACACUUUGACAUGGUGAACACUGAGAUGUGUCUUCUCCAGAUAACACUUUGACAUGCUGGAUUGCUUAAAACUGAGAUGUGUCUUCACCAGAUAACACUUUGACAUGGUGAACACUGAGAUGUGUCUUCUCCAAAUAACACUUUGAUAUGGUGGAUUGCUUAGAACUGAGAUGUGUCUUCACCAGAUAACACUUUGACAUAGUGAAUUAUUUAAUACUGAUGUGUGUCUUCACCAGAUAACACUUUGACAUGGUGGAUUGCUUAAAACUGAGAUGUGUCUUCACCAGAUAACACUUUGAUGUGUCUUCACCAGAUAAUGUGGUGGAUUAUUUAAUACUGAUAUGUGUCUUUGCCAGAUAACACUUUGAAAUGUAGAAUUGCUUAUUACUGAGAUACACUGUAUGUCUUAACCAGAUAAUGCCAUGGGCGUACAGGCUCCAAUUUUUGUAGAGUGGGCGAGGCAUGUUGAUUUUUGUCCAAAUUAAGCGAAAAUGCCUGCAUUUGAACAUUAUAUAUUCAAAUUAGCAUUACUGCUAAACUGCUAUAUGUGGUUGCAGACCAAUCACUACACAUGUUUACAUGGAUUACAACUAAUAUUGUGAGUAGUAGGGUGGAAAUAUAUUUGAAUGUCUUUUCCAACUAAAACAUAUUGACUACGCUUGUGCUUGCAGUUAUUGUGUACCUUACGGAGCAGUCAGUUUGAGGUUAAUUUUUGUCAUGGGACAGUCAAUUUCAGUCCUGCUUAUUUCAUUGAAUGGUAUGAUUGGCACCAGAAUCACCAUCAUAGAGUAACCAAUAGAAGGUCUUAAAAAUUAUCUACAAUGGGUUUUUCUUACAUUGGGUAGUUAAGCAGAUAUUAUACUUUAUAUAUUUUUAUCUUGUGCUGUUGUAAAGGUCUUCUUUUUGUACAUUUUAUAUAACUAAAUGGCAAAUUACACAAUACCUACAGUUGCAAAUUACAUGUCUGAUUAAAAUGUUUGCUGUAUA